AUGGCUUCCUUUGCGACCGCAUGUCGCCUGUCGGCCAGGCUGACAAGCCGCAGAGUUGCCCAAGAUGCUUCAAUCAGAGGUCUACGGACAACGGCCGCGUCGCGAGCAGCCCAAAACUUCACCAUGCCCGCCCUGUCGCCAACCAUGACCGAGGGCAACAUUGCUACGUGGAAGGUCAAGGAGGGCGACGAGUUCGCCGCCGGCGACGUGCUCCUCGAGAUCGAGACGGACAAGGCCUCGAUGGACGUCGAGGCCCAGGACGACGGCAUCAUGAUGAAGAUCUUCCAGGGCGACGGCAGCAAGAGCGUCCAGGUCGGCACCCGCAUCGGCGUCAUUGCUGAGCCCGGCGACGACAUUAGCGCCCUCGAGCUCCCCGCCGACGAGUCGUCUUCCAAGGCACCCGCUGCCCCCAAGAAGGAGGAUGCUGCCCCGGCGCAGUCUGGACAGCCCAGCGAGGCCGCUCCCCAGAAGAAGGCCGCAGACCCGAGCCAGAGAAAGAAGUCCGGCGGAAAGGCACCGCCCCAAAAGUACCCUCUGUACCCGUCCGUCGAGCACCUGGUCAAGGAGCACAAGCUCGACGAGGCAGCCAUCAGCGAGAUCACCCCGACCGGACCCCAGGGCCGUCUCCUCAAGGGCGACGUGCUCGCCUACCUGGGCAUGGCCUCCGAGUCCCGGCCCGCCGAUAUCAAGAAGCGUUUCGACCACAACGCACACCUGGACCUGAGCAACAUCAAGAUUGCCCAACCCGCCUCUCCGGCCAAGCCGGCCAAGACAGAAGCCGCUAAGGCCAAGCCCGUCCCCGAAGACCUCGUCGUCGCCGUGCCCAUCUCCAUGGAGGCCGUCAUUGCGACGCAGCAAAAGAUCGAGGCCACGCUCGGCACCUUUUUGCCCCUUUCGACAUUUAUCUCGCGCGCUGCCGAGCUCGCCAACGACGAGCUGCCCUUGCCCGCCAACUACAAGCCCUCGUCCGACGAGCUGUUCCACCAGGUCCUCGGUCUCCACAAGGUCGACCCCAAGGUGUCCCGCGGCUACUAUAUCCCCCAGAUCGCGGCGCUGCCCUCGCCAUCCUUUACUGGCGUCGCGCCCAAGCCCAAGGCCGCUGCCAAGAUUGACAUUAUCGAUAUCCUGGCACCCAAGCCCAAGAAGAGCGCCAAGCCCAUGGCGGCUCCGUUGGGCCAGCCCGGCAUCUCCACCGGUUCCAACACAUUCAGCCUCAAGGUACCAAAAAGCGAAGAGAAGCGAGCAAAUGCUUUCCUGGCAAGAAUGAAACUAGUGUUGGAGAAUGACCCUGGCAGGCUCGUCUUGUAA